GGGAAAAUUUCAAAAUCUCAACCAAAAUUAAAAUAAACAAGACCAAGAAACCAGAAGAAGAACAAGUGGAUAAGGCGACCGUCGAAAUCAGAAGAAAUUGUUUUUAAUCCAGACGACGUCGGGGAAGGAUUAUGCACAACGUAGUUACAGGAGAAGAUGAUGAAGCUAAUUAUGGAAAUGGCGAUAGCAAUGACAACGAAUGGUCGUUGUUUAUGUUUGACGACGAACAGCUUAUAGAAGACGACGACGAGAAAGAAAAUUAUGAAAUUGAAACCAAAGAUAAAGAAACGGAUGAUGAAGAAGAAGAAGAAGAAAGUUUCGCCGCCGAUUUCUAUCGAUGUGGAAGCGAUUGGUCAAGCUUGUUAUUGGACCGUGGAGAUACUAAUAAUAAUAAUAUCGAAAAGAAGCUCAAACAAGCCAAUCUCUUAGACGUUUGGGGAUUAAAGAAUAAUAAUCCAAAACCAAAGGCUUUACCUUUAACAUCAUCAUCUCCGUCUCCAUUCAAGAAAUUAAAGAUUGGGUCUUCUUCUUCGUCUUCUAUUAAACCUAAUUAUAAAAAUUUAAUUCCCAAAUCGAUAAAGCCUCGUGUUUGCCCUUUCUAUAAAAAAAUCCCUGGAACUCCUUUCACUGUUGAUGCGUUUCGUUAUGGUCCAAUUCAGAAUUGCUCUGCGUAUUUCCUGACCCAUUUCCAUGCUGAUCACUAUGGUGGUCUUACCAAGGGAUGGUCACAUGGUCCUAUCUAUUGCACCCAGCUCACUGCUCGUCUUCUCAAGCUCUGCCUCUAUGUCAAUUCAUCAUUUAUUCACCCUUUGGAUUUGAAUACUGAGUAUGCCAUUGAAGGAGUUAGAGUAACUUUAUUAGAAGCUAAUCACUGCCCAGGUGCUGCUUUGCUUCAUUUUCGUCUGUCAAAUGGACUUUGCUACUUGCACACUGGAGAUUUCAGGGCGUCCAAGGUUAUGCAAUCCUAUCACCUCCUUGUAAACCAGAAAGUUAAUGCGCUUUACCUGGACACAACGUAUUGCAACCCAAAGUACAAGUUCCCUUCCAAAGAAGAUGUGUUAAAUUAUGUUGUUAGAGUUACUAAGGACUUUCUCAAACAGCAGCCGGAAACCCUUAUUGUUGUUGGGGCUUACAGCAUUGGAAAAGAAUGUGUUUAUCUUUCCAUUUCCAAAGCAUUAGGGGUUAAAAUCUAUGCAAGCGCUUCAAGGAGACAGAUUCUGGAAUCUUUUGGUUGGUCUGAUCUUUCAAGGAGUCUCUGUACACAACCAAAGGAUACACCUCUUCAUGUGCUGCCCAUAUCUUCAUUGCGAGUUGAGACCUUAAAGGAUUACUUGAAGAAGUAUAUAAAUCAAUACAGAGCAGUUUUAGCAUUUCGACCAACAGGUUGGACUUACUCUGAGAAUGUAGGCAAAAAGCUUGAUCUAAUUAGACCUAUUUCCAAAGGCAACGUCACAAUUUAUGGGGUUCCAUACAGUGAGCACUCCAGCUUCACAGAACUAAAGGAGUUCGUGGAGUUUUUGAAGCCUGACAAAAUAAUACCUACCGUCAAUGUUGGGAAUCCUACAAAUCGAGAGAAGAUGCAAUCCCAUUUCCGGGAAUGGCUAGAAGGGUGACGAUCAAAAAUUCACAUUUGCAUCUGUAGACCUCUCUCUCAGAUUGGAACAGAAAAACAAAAUUAUCUGACAGAGUAAGGAAGAAAUUUGUCCUUUGCUGUCACUGCAAACAUCCAAUUAUAUACGCAUUCUGGCGUUUUCUAUACUCUAAACAGGCUACUAGGCCCAGAACUGUAUGGCCAUCAAAAUCACUAAUAUUGUUCAGUGGGAAUUUUACCAAGCAACUUGGAUUUAGUCCACCGGUGACAAAAGGGUUCAUUUGUUUUUACCUUCCGGGCAUUGUAGAAACGUAUUAUUCCACAUAUAGUCCACACUUAUUUUAUUGAA